AUGACAGACCAAGACAUUGAUCCAAAUAAAUACAGUGAAUUGCGAAGUAUAUACAAAUACUACAUUGAUCCAUACAAUGCAUUGUAUCAGCUGAAAACAGAAAAUGAUGAAGAAUUAAACUCAAUUUACAAAAUGAUCAAAACAGAAUUGAUUGAUUUAAAGAAAUAUCUUCCCCAAAAUAUAAUCAUAGAAAUUUUGUAUAUUAUUCAGUAUAAUAAUCGCUAUACAAAGUCAUAUUUAACUCUUGCCAAACUUAUAUCUGAUGAAUAUCAUAUCAAAGAGAUCAGUGGUAUGAAAAUCAUUUCAAACUUCCUAUUUUAUGAAGAAUAUGGAAUAAAAUUUGACAAAUCCGAUGAUUUCGAAAAAAUUGAAUUUUAUAAUCUAGAUAUUCAUAAAGGAAAUACGAUUUACAGAGCAAUUAUGUAUAAUGACUUAGAAAAAUUCAUUUUAUUCACGGAGAGAGAUGAUUUUAAUGAAUUUCAACUGCUUAUCUGUGAUUUGUAUCCAUAUUCUAAGCAAGGAUAUUCAUUUCUUGAAUUAUGUUGUUAUCAUGGAGCAGUUGAUUGUUUCAAGUUAUUAAGAUCGAAAUUUAACUCAGAAAUAACUCAAACAUGCUUAGAAUUUUCAUUUUUGGGAGGAAAUCCAGAUAUCAUGAGUGAAUGUUUGAAAUAUCAAAAACCAAAUAAAGAAUGCAUGAAAAAUGCAAUUAUUUCACACAACAUUGAUUUUGUGACAUUCUUGAUGAAUGAAUACAAUAUAGAGAUCGAUUUAUAUGGUUGCGUAUUUUAUAAUAAUCUUGAAUCAUUUUUGGUUUAUUUCGAUCAAACUAAUGAUAUUGACCAAUGUUUUGUUUUUUCAACAAUGUUUGAUAUUCCGUCCCUUUGGGAAUAUUUCCUUUCACUUGGUGCAAAUAUCAAUGUAAAAGGUCAAAAUGGAGAAACCGUUCUUCAUAUAACAGCAAUUAAUAAUAGUAAAGAAGCAGCUGAACUUCUCAUUUCCCAUGGAGCAAAUGUCAACGAAAAAGAUGUAGAAGGGAAAACAUCUCUUCAUUACGCAGCAGAAAAAAUAGUAAAGAAACAGCUGAACUUCUUAUUUCACACGGCAUUAACAUCGAUGAAAAAGAUGGACUUGGAAAAACAGCUCUUCAUUAUACAGCAAUAG